UCCUUGCUUGGUUUCUCUCCUACCCAUCCAUCGCUGUCGAGCAUCGACAUAUCCUGUGCUUGACUAGAUCACCAUGGCUGCACUGUUUGCAUCUCUGGCUGUCAGGAAAGCACUAGACACACUGUCCUCCUUGCUGCCAGCGAGCUUGGCAGCGUCCUCCUCAUCGUCGGCUGCUAAUAGGGCAAGACAGGAGCAGGAUCUUGAGGAUAUGAGGAUGCUUGAGCGGACAAUGCGCAGGAUCCACGCGACGCUGCAUGACGUGGAGCAGCACUGGGACAUCCACGAGGAGUCCACCAAGCUGCGGCUCAAGGAGCUCAAGGAAUUAGCGUACGAUGCAGAAGACGUUGUGGAGGAGUAUGAGUACGAGGUGAACCGCUGCAAGGUGGAGGCUCUCGAGCUGUCUGCAAGUACAGCAGAUCACAAGCGCAAGCGACAACAAAAUCUGGAAAACGAGGACUUGUUCAACUCUGGUAUGGUAGCAGUUCCAGAUGAAUUGGCUGUCAAAACAAGAAAGCUUAUUGAGAGAUUUCAUGAGAUCAAAUAUUAUUCUGACAACUUUACUUUGUCGGAUAAUGAUGGAGAGAGAAGGAUUAUUCCUCAUAUUAGUAUGUUACGGAAGACUAGCUCUCUUGUAUUUGCGAAGAGUAUUCUAGGAAGAGAGGGAGAUAAGAACACCAUAAUGGAAAAACUGCUUCCCAGAGAUGGUGACAGUGUAGCUAAUCCAAUUUCUGUUCUAGCUAUUGUCGGCAUGGGUGGUGUAGGAAAGACAGCUCUAGCACAACUUGUAUAUAAUGACUCAAGGAUGCGCGGAUCUUUUGAUAAGCAUGCAUGGGUUUGUGUCUCAGAACAAUUUGAUGUUAUUAACAUAACAAAGGGCAUCAUUCAGUCACUAAAGAAGGAGGAGUGUGGUUUACCUGAACAUAGUCUUGAUAUUCUUCAACAGAUUCUGGUAGCUGAAAUUAAGGGUAAGAAGGUUUUACUUGUGUUGGAUGAUGUAUGGAGUGAGCGAAGGGAUUGUUGGGAACUGUUGUGCUUGCCGAUGAACACCACAGAAAUUUGCAACAUUGUAGUAACCACCCGCAGUGAGAGAGUUGCAAGGUUAGUGCAGACUAUGCCUGAUUUCUACAACCUAAAUUGCCUGAGUCCUGAUGACAGCUGGACAUUGUUCAAGCAAGAAGCUUAUGCUAACCAAGGGAGUGGCAUCCCUUCUAACCUGGUAGAGAUCGGCAGGAGGAUUGCCGAGAAGUGCAAAGGGUUACCAUUGGCAAUCAAGACUCUAGGGAGCAUAUUGCGCUUCGAAACCAAUGAAAAGAAAUGGAGAGAUGUCUUAGACAGUGAGCUAUGGAACUUGGAGCAGUCACAUAAGGAGGUUUUGCCAGCUCUAGAGUUGAGCUACAAGCACAUGCCAAUAUACUUGAAACAUUGCUUUGUUUCCCUUUCUCUAUAUCCAAAAGACUCUCCCUUUAAUGUAUUUAUGGUAUCUCGGUUGUGGAAAUCACUUGAUUUACUUCACUGUGAUGGAAUUGGCAACUGGGAAGAAAUUGGAAGUUUAUAUUUCACUGAAUUAGUUCAGCGAUCAUUGCUUCAAAACUAUAUGCAUGGACACACAUUUGUCAUGCAUGAUCUUGUCCAUGAUCUUGCAUGUUUUCUUGCUGGGGAUGAGUUUUUUAGGCCCGAGGGAGAUAAAUCAACUGAAAUUCCAUUGGGUACUCGGUAUAUGUCCAUAGUGCCUCAUACCAAGAGUAUCAAAAUAUCAAAUUCCUCAGAGUCUCUCAGAGCCGUUGUGACACUAGGGAAUAUUGACAUUGAAAAUCCAGAAGCAUUGUUUUUGAACUGUAAGAAGUUUCGGGUCAUUCAAGUCACCGAGGACGGUUUUGCAAAGGUGUUGCUUGACUGCAUAGGUGAAAUGAAACUGCUACGCCACUUGGAAUUUCUAGGACAUAGCAAUGCUGUAGAAUUAGUAAUUUCCAACUCUGUGUCCAAGCUAUUCAAUUUGCAAACGCUGAAUUUUAUAGCUUGUAGUCUACAUGGAAUUGGGCGCCUAGUUAACUUGCAGGCUUUGCCUGUAAUACAUCUUUGCAAUUGUGGUUGCUUCUUUAACAUAAGGGAGCUAAGGAAUAUGCACAAGAUAAGAAAGUUGCGCAUAGAUGGACUUUGUAAUGUAUCUAGUAUCAUAGAUGCAAACGAAGCCCUGUUACAUUGCAAAAAGGAUCUCCAGGAACUAGAAUUGAACUUUACGGCGAGCAUAAAUGAUGCACACACACAGAAUGCUGGUUCUAAUCAAGCUAUUAUUGCAGUAUCUGUUGACUUGCUACUUGAGAGUCUACGGCCUCAUCAUCGAAGCCUUAGAGAAUUGACACUACAAAACUUUAACUGCAAGAUAUAUCCCAGUUGGUUGGGCAGUACAUCAUUUUCCAAGCUAAUACGAUUAGUGCUACGCCUAUGUCGCUCGGUGAGCUACCUUCCCUCAAAUACCUUGAUAUCCGCCAAAUGGAGAGUGUCGAACGCAUCGGCCGGGAGUUUUACACCCUUGAUCCAAGAGUGAAAGCAUUUCACUCAUUGUCAAGUUUGUUUUUCGAAGACAUGUACCGAUUCUCAGAGUGGUCUGGAGUGCAGGAGGGUGACUUUUCUUGCUUGGAAACCAUGUUUAUUGGGAGUGCCUUUGAAUUGAUGUCUCUUCCACCAGUGCCCUUCGUCUCUUUACGCAACUUUACCUUAUAUAAUUGUAGAAAUGUUGUUACACUUCCUGCCUCAACUACUCUGCAAGAACUAUUGAUUUCGAAAUGUGCGAAUCUUAGUGAGUUGCCUGCUUUGCCAUCACUCCAGUCACUGAAGCUUCUGAAUUGUCCAAGUCUGGCUACAGUUAGUCAGUUCCCCUCACUCACUGUCUUGCAUGUCUGUGAUCCAUUCAAAGAAGAGAUACUCCAGAGGUUGGUGAAUUCACACAUGAUGCUGGAAGAAUUACAUAUUGAGUCUGAUACAAUAAAUUCCAUCUGUCUUGACCCUCUCAAACUACCUUCACUCAAAAAUCUCGAUGUAAGAUGCCCUAGUUUGAAGAGUUGCAAUGCUUUUGCCGGCCUCACUUCCCUGAAGAUACUAUGGAUACGCUGUUCUCCACGACUUCACAUACCUGAUUCACUCCGAAGCCAGCCGGAGGAAUUGCGUAUUCUGGAUUUCUGAUA